CAUAUCGUUUAAUUUUCACACCAGUUGUAAAUUGAUAACAACCGUCGUAGAUCGACCGUCGUAGCUCUUCAAACUGUUUUACAACAGAUGUCCAAUUCAAACUACUUAAUCAACUUGGCCGGCCAGUCAUGUUGUUUGCUGAUUACAGCUUAUCAAUUGGCUAUUGAUAUACUUCCAGUUUAUUCGUUAACCUUGGUAAUCUUGAUUUGAGCUACUGAGCUAUCGAUCGAGAAAGUGUUGCCUUGUGUGAAAGAUGAAACGCCAGACAAAUCUAAAGUGCGGGGUAAGCGACCACGACUCGAGAAAUGGAACCCCAGGAGCUAGUACUAGAGUCAUGCCAUCAGUUGUGAGUCAUUCUGUACCUUACGGAACAUAAAACAAACUGUAAUGGCGAUAGUUCAAUCAACAUGUACCACCUACAUUGCGGUUGGUUUUUCUGGAAAAGCGUAUGCGAAGCAUCAGAGUAUUUAAGUUUAAACUUCGAGUAUUUGAGGACUAUUGAGCAUAAUUUGUACAGACCUCGAAAGAAUAAAUAUGGCGACGCGAAGACACUCUUCUGGAUCUCAUGGGCGACAUCCUCUGCAAUCAAACUCAUCACAAAUGAAUGCAGUUCUUCCUAAGACCUCCGAAGGGUCAAAGAGUUUAAAUAAAGGAAAGAUCAAAGACAGCAAUCAUGAAAUUUUGAAGGAAAAGACUCCAUUCACGCCAGACUCGAGUCAACAGAAAGAACGAUUAGUGGCUACACAACAAAGACCACAGGCAAAACGGAGACUUGAUCUCGAUGAAUCACCGAGGAUUUUUCAUUCUGGGUUCAAGACACCUAAAGUUCGUAACAAAAGACGAUUUCGUCGGGAUUCUGAAGUCUAUCCUACACUGAUAGCAACAUCUCCCCUUGAAAAGACAAGAUAUGAUACCUCACUUGGGAUCCUGACAAAAAAGUUUGUUGGACUGAUCAGAGCAUCCCCAGAUGGAGUUUUGGACCUCAACCAUGCAGCUGAUGUGUUAUCUGUACAGAAACGUCGCAUUUAUGACAUCACUAAUGUACUUGAGGGAAUAGGUUUGAUUGAAAAGAAAUCCAAGAACAAUAUACAAUGGAGGGGUGCUUGUCUACACAACAGCAGUCAAGCAGAAAUAACUCCCCUCAUCAUGGAUUUACACACAGAUAUUGCUGACCUUGAAGCAAAAGAAAAUCAGCUUGACCAGUUUAUUGCCAACUGCAGAUCAGAGCUAAAGUUCCUAACUGAGGACCGAGACACUGCCAAUUAUGCAUAUGUUACUUAUCGAGACAUCAGAGACAUCAAGAACUUUAAAGAUCAAACUGUUAUUGCAAUCAAGGCACCACCUGAAACAAGACUUGAAGUACCUGAUCCCAAUGAGAGUAUCCAAAUAUGGCUGAAAAGUAUUAGAGGUGCAAUAGAAGUGUUCCUUUGUCCUGAUGACAAAGAGAGUGACCCACCUUCACCCAUGAAAAACUUAUCACCCAUCAAACCAACUUCUUCCCCUGAGACAUGUCGAGAUGACAACCUUGCUGUGGUCCCACAAGACAAAACAAUCCCUCUGUCUCACAUCAAGCAAAGCAUAUCUCCUGACAUCAGCCCAACAAAAAGUAAUGUACUUCUCCAAACCCACGACACUUUACCAAGUGAUCUUGAAGAGGACUGCUUGGUGCCGUUAUCCCCUUCGUUGACAGAUGCGGACUAUCAGUUAUUCAGCCUUCAGGAUACGGAGGGCAUAGCUGACUUGUUUGAUGCGUAUGAUAUUGCAGGAGAGUUGGGUUUACCUGGAAGUACUGUACAGACAUCUAUGAGUUUUUAAUCUUCUCACAUUAAUAUUGUAUAUUACUCUCUAAGAUAUGACAUGGGAACUGGAAUGCAUAGAAUAAUAAUGAUGCCAUUGUCUAUGAAAAACAUUGGCAUUCUUUGAAUAUAAUAUAAUGUGACUAUUUGAGAGCCCACAGAUGUUCAAUACAUAAGUGUAAAGCACUUUUGGGUAAGCUGGACUAGCACUGUCCUCUUUUUCUAGGGAUAUGCAUGUAAAUUAGGUUAAUAUGGGUACAUAGUUACUAAUGGGUACUGGUACAUGUAUGGUUACAAAUCAAACAUUUUGAUUUAAAAAUCUAUUUUACAGCUUCAUAACUCAGCAAUUUUGAAUUUUUACAGAAAUACUAGUUUUUAAAAUAAGCAAGAUCUCAGAAUUUUACCAAACAAAGCUUAAUAAGCAUAAUAACUUUAGAUUAAAAAUUAGCAGAUAUGGUCGUAGUUUUAUAUAAUUUGUUAAUGGGUGUGUAUUAUAUAUUUCUUUGUGUUUGUAAUCCACUAAUAUGGCUAGACUAAUGUUCGUAGUUUUAUAUCAUUUGUUAAUAGGUGUGUAUUAUAUAGUUCUGUGUGUUUGUAAUCCACUUAUAUGACUAUACUAUCAUAGCUGGUUCAAAGGUACGUCCAUGAGUGUAUGCCUUGGUUCUGAAGUCUCCCCUGUUGAUUUUCAGACAUGGGCCAAUUGUGUCAUGAAAAAUUGAUUAUUGGUUCAAGCGAUGAAAUAGGCGAUAUAUAUUUAGGUGUAUGUUAUAUUAUUAUUAUUGUUAUAUUAUAAUAGUAUAAAUUUUAGCUUGUGAUCUGCUGAUUGUAUCAGCUGUAUAGAGUAGGAACACUUAGGCCUAGGGCAAACGUCGAACUUUCCAUGCACUGAACUCCUUAAAAACAAUGGAUAUUAGGUGAUAAUGAGGCGGCAUUCUUUAAUGUA